AUGCAUCGUCUGCGAUCUCGACCUAGCUUUUGGAAGCUGCCGAGCAGCGUACCGCGCUCAAUUCCCGUUCGCAACUUCACCGUUGCGGCUCAUCGGGCCAACAGUUCUCCGCAAUCCGAUCCCCGCGAUCCAGAAAAUGUAGCAAAUCAAUUACGAGAAAUCAGCGCAGCCCUCCGCAAAUCUACCAAGUCAACUUCUCAGGCUGCAGCCUCAAAGUCAUACACGCUGAAGCAUGUUAAUGUGGAGGGUCGCGGCCAAUGUUGGCUGGACAAGGAGGUAUUGUACUUGCAUUGCGAAGACGGUACAACAAUGAAGCUGCCUUAUGCCUACCUCCGCGAUUUCUGUCAGUGUCCGCUCUGUAAGGAUCAACACUCGCACCAACGUCCUUUCCGCACCAACGAUAUUCCUAAGAAUGUUACGCCGCGUUCGGUCAAAUGGAACGGGACCAACCUAGUUAUUCAAUGGGCGAACGAUGUCCCAGGUUAUCCAGUACACCACAAGUCAGAAUGGACCAUUGAGACUCUACAAAAACCCAAACAUAAUCCUCAUGAGGUAUCGGAGGACACGAAACCAGUGCCAUGGAGUGGAUCUCGCAUGACACAGGACCAGCAUUGGAUUUCCUACGAGGACUAUGCUGGACGUGGUCCAUUGUUUGCCAGAGCCAUGUGUCACUUGCAAACUCAGGGCCUGAUUUUCGUCAAGGAUAUCCCCAAGUCCAGGGAAAUGGUUGAGCAGAUCGCCACAGGCAUGGGUCCUUUGCGCAAUACUUUUUAUGGUUCAACAUUUGAUGUGCGGACUGUGCCAAAUGCGCAGAAUGUGGCUUACACAAACACAUUCCUUGGGUUCCACAUGGAUUUGAUGUAUAUGAACGAGCCGCCUGGAUACCAACUCCUCCACUGUCUGGAGAACUCAUGCAAUGGUGGCGAGUCACUCUUCGCGGAUGCAUUUUAUGCUGCUGAAACAAUGCGUGGUGAUAAUCAACCUGCUUUUGCCGAGCUGUCUGAGCAGCGCUUGGGCUACGAGUACAGACACGAGAACAGUAUCUACUAUAACGAGCGACCAGUGUUCGAGCUUGACCCCAGAACACAACAAAUGCGUCAUGUGAAUUAUUCGCCCCCUUUCCAAUCUGCUCUCCCGCUGUUGCAAAGCAAUGAACAUGAUUCCGAGUCUAUCAACAAGUUGCAAGAUGCCCUUUCAAUAUUUACUGGUAUCAUCGAGCAGAAGAAUUCUAUCUUUGAGCUCAAACUUAACCCAGGUGAGUGUGCCAUCUUUGACAACCGACGAAUUGUCCAUGCACGCCGGCAAUUCGAUUCCACCGGAGGCUCUCGCUGGUUAGCAGGUGCAUAUGUUGACACAGAUGCUCUGCUCUCCUGCUUUGCUGUUGCCAAGAAGAACUUCCCUGCAGCGUGGAAGAAAUGA